UCAAGUAGAAUACUUCACUCCAAAUUCUAGCAAAGGAUUUCGAUUACUGGGAAACCAAGAUUGCAAUGUCGCGUAUAUUUAACAGGGAUGAAAUUCCGCGGGACAGAAAUUUGGCCCAGGAGAUGCGUUCUGAAAUUACCCGCAACUCGGCGGAAAUCAGUUUCAACUUCUGGCAGGAAUUCGAACUUAUCCGUUCCACCCAACGGAAUCGAAUGGUUCAGGAACGCUUGCAGCGGGAAAGGAUCAACAAUUUGAUGCGGCAGGGUGAACAUGAGACAAAUCAGGAAGCAGAAGCUCUUAGUCGAUCCAUUAGUGCGCAUGGAAUGACAGUCAAUUCCACCCAUUUGCCAUCAGCUUCACCAGCAGUUCCAACGGCAUCCUUGCUGAAGGACUCUUUGGCCCAAGGAGUUCGAAAUAUAUCAACUCGCCAGAAUCCGGGAAUUAAAAGAAAACCACAAAAGCAAAAAUUCCAACCUUUAAAAACGAAUAAGCCGAAACCAAGGGCUAAAACCGAAAAUGAACCAGGGCUGCCUUCACCUGCUCCCUCAAACAUUCCAAGGGCACCACCCACUUCCAGAGCCACGAUGAUUACCCCGAAUAUGUCCAAUGGAGCCACCCCAAUCAUAUCCAAGUUCCGAUUGGCCAACAAGCCAAAAAAGUAACGAAAAUCCCUGCAAAAUUAUAUUACAAGCUGACUUUAAAUGUUUUAUGAUAAUGAAGUGGUUUUAUUUAUUGUUUUACAAAAUUAUAAAAUCUAAUUUAAAAUGUUA